CCGUGCCGUGCCCUGCCCUCUCCCCAGCUCAUCGCGGCUGUGUGUCCCUCUGCUUACAGGGGAAGCAGAAGAAGGCGCGGAAGUACGCGGUCAUGAAGCGCAUGAUCAGCCUCCGGGACCAGCGCAUUAACGAGAAGGACCGGGCGAAAGCCCCCGUGAAGAAGAAAGAGGACCCGAGUGCCAUUAAGGAGCGGGAGGUCCCCCAGCAUCCCUCUUGCUUGUUCUUCCAGUAUAAUACACAGUUGGGCCCCCCUUAUCACAUCCUGGUUGACACUAACUUCAUCAACUUCUCCAUCAAGGCCAAGCUGGACCUAGUGCAGUCAAUGAUGGACUGUCUCUAUGCCAAGUGUAUUCCAUGUAUCACAGAUUGUGUAAUGGGUGAAAUUGAGAAGUUAGGACAGAAGUACCGUGUGGCAUUAAGAAUUGCCAAGGACCCUCGUUUUGAACGCUUGCCAUGUAUGCACAAAGGAACCUAUGCAGAUGACUGCUUGGUACAGAGGGUCACUCAGCACAAAUGUUACAUUGUGGCCACAGUGGAUAAAGAGCUCAAGCGGAGAAUACGAAAAAUCCCAGGAGUGCCUAUAAUGUAUAUUUCCAGGCACAGAUACAAUAUUGAGAGGAUGCCAGAUGAUUACGGAGCUCCUCGAUUCUAACCUGUCCAGCCAAGCCAUCAAUGCCAGGACUCUGAGCCAGGAUAAGGGUCCUUCUGGUUCCAACCCUCCUGCUUGCUUUUUUGCUGGGACUCUGCUCAUAGGACUGUGGGUGACAUUGGACUAACUUCAUAGCCUUGAUCUUCUAAGAAAAAGCUACUUGGAAGAGUCUGUUUUUAUUCA